CCACACUAAUUAUUCGUGUGUUUAUUUCACUACUCAUCACUCUCGUGGGCUCGGUUCAUUCUUAUCUCCUCGCUUCUCUUCACCUCCCUACCUGUAGUUUUCUCCACUCGUCCUCGUCCUUUGUCCCUGUCCUUCGGGGACAAAAACAACCAAGGCGGCGCAAGCGGUAAUCUUCCGUGGUGGGGGCGUGCUCUGCUGCAAGCAGUGGUGACGCCGCUUGGAGGGAGGGCGGGCGGGCGGGAAAGGAUGGAGGCGGUGGUGGACCUCAAGUACCUGCCGGUUUUCCCGAACGGCGGCGUGGCCGCGGCCAAGAAGAAGACGAGGCUCGGGGCCGCUGCGGUUGCCGGCGGCCAGACGGGGGUGUACUACAGGGAAUGCCUCAAGAACCACGCGGCGAGCCUGGGUGGCCACGCGCUGGACGGGUGCGGCGAGUUCAUGCCGUCGCCGGAGGCCGACCCGGCGGACCCGAGUUCGCUCAGGUGCGCCGCGUGCGGAUGCCACCGCAACUUCCACCGCCGGCUACCCGAGCUGUCCCCGCCGCCGCCUCUCCUCGCUUUGCCGCCGCCUCCACCGCCACUGGCGCCGGCGCCGGCGCCGGCUGUCGCGUCGCAUGCCAUGCGUGACAGCCGCACGAUGCGCGGCGAGGAGGCGCCAGACGACCGCCUGCCAGCCGCCUUCGACGACGACACCGAGGAGUCGGACGAGGGCUCAGAUUUCGAAGAGGACCGUCCCCUAACGCCGCUGCCGGCGCCGGGCAUGGUGCCGCUGCCGCCCGGCUACCGCCAGGUCGCGCCACACAUGCUCCUCGCGCUGAGCACCAGCGCGCCGGGCGCCCAAACUCCCGCGGCGGGGCCCAGGCCGCCCGCCUCCCUGGUCCCGAUGCCGGCGCCCGGUGCUGCUGCUGCUGCUGCGGCGGCGGCGGCGGCGAGGAAGCGGUUCCGCACCAAGUUCAGCCCGGAACAGAAGCAGAGGAUGCAGGCUCUGUCGGAGCGGUUGGGUUGGCGGCUGCAGAAGCGCGACGAGGCCGUGGUCGACGAGUGCUGCCAGGAGAUCGGCGUCACCAAGGGCGUCUUCAAGGUUUGGAUGCACAACAACAAGCACAACUUCGUCGGUGGCCACAGCGCGCGCCGCAGCGCCUCAGCGUCUGCUGCCACGGCCAUCCACCAUCCGUUCAUCGACGCUGCCCCCGUCUGCCCUUCCUCCCACGCCGCCCCAGCACCAGCCGCCGCUGUGCACCUUUCCGCCCCAGCGCCAGCCGCCUCCCCGGCCACGCCUGUCCUCGCUGACUCCAACAUCAACGGCAACGCUGCCGACUACUUCCGUGUCCAACCUUCCACGGCGAGUGGCGGCUCGCCGCAGUCGUCCUAGUCAAGUUAGUGCUAAUCAGCCAUGGUUAUUUGUAGAGCUUCGUGUCUAAUUAACCAACCCUAAUGGAGCGAGCAAUGGUGGGAUGCAUGGGACUAUCGAAUAUGGAAGCGCUAGUGAGAAGGCUGCUGCUGGUCUUUGUUAAUGGUGGAGCCCAAAGAAGGAUCUUAAAAAAUCGUGGGGUUUUGGGAUCUGAUGAUGUAAUGAUUCAGGAUUAGCGCUUAUGGUACUAGUAGACUGUUAGUGUAGCAAUUUGUUCCUGAACUGUACUUGGAUAAUGACCGGGUGGAUCCGUUGUGCUUUGUCUUCGUCUAGGAUAUCAUGUUGUUCCAUAUAAAAAUGCCAUCUGUCU